AUGGAUAUUAAGGCUGGAACAACUGAGGUGGCUCACCUUGAGUCUGCCUUGUCCAAACCAACACAUCACAAUUCCACAGGAACAGUCACCUUGCUCGAGGGAGGAGAAAUUAUCUUGAUUCCCACCCCUUCUCCUGAUCCACGUGAUCCACUCAACCUCCCUAAUUACCAGAAAUGGGCUAUUGAUAUUAUUCUAGGGAUGUUCGCUGUUUUUAGUGUCCUCAUAACUUCCGGCAUGGGUCCCAUUCUGACCAAUAUUAUGGCCUUCUACGAUAAUGACCCUCGAACGACAGACCUGAUGACCUAUCCGACUUUGUUUAUGGGGAUUGGGAACAUUAUUGCUAUGCCACUUGCGAUGGCCAUCGGUCGUCGUCCUGUAUUCUUGGCUUCUGUUUUGAUCCUCACUGUGGGCUCUAUUUGGUGCGCUGCAAGUCAGAGCCUGGACUCCCAUAUUGCUGGUCGGAAUAUUCUUUCUUUGGCAGCUGGGCAAUCCGAGGCUUUAUGUCCAUUGAUCAUCCAGGAAAUACACUUCGUUCACGAGCGUAGUAGCAAGCUCGCCUGGUUCAGUGCCACACAAUCCAUCGGCACCGCAGCCCUCACCAUCGCCACAGCGUAUAUCGUCAACGCCCUCGGUUGGCGAUGGUGCGACGCAUAUGAAGGCCUUGUCCACAUCUACCACGAAGGCGAGCCCGUCUCCGUUGUCCGAGCCACUCAAAAAACCAGAGUUCUAAUCGACAACACACGGUACAAAGCCCGCACGCUAUCCCACAGCCUGAAAAUAUUCCACGGGCCAGCGGACUGGUCAAAAGCCAUCACCUGCGGGAAGCAAAUGGCGCAGUGUCUUCUCUUCCCUAAUAUCCUCUGGGUGAUUCUAUUGAACAGUGUUGCGCUUGGUAUCUACGUGAUCGUCGUCACUGAAUUCGGCACCAUCCUCUCAAGUCCUCCGUAUAAUUACCCAUCCUCAGCCUUGGGUCUCGUUCAAGGCGGCCAAAUCGUCGUAUCUUUCUUAUUGGUUCCGGUCCUGGGAUACGGCGGCGACCAGCUCACGCGGUGGAUCGCAAAACACCGCAAUGGCGUCGCCGAGCCUGAAAUUCGUCUCAUUCCAAUGGUUCUUCCCGUUGCAGCUCUCAUUAUCUCAUCCGUGAUUUUCGGACGCGCGGGCUCGAGCCCAUACGAGUGGUCCCCAUGGGCAAUAACAAUAACUUUCAACGGGAUAUAUUUUGCUUUUAUUGGUGUCAUAUUGGUCGGGUAUACAUACUCGCUUGAUAGUUAUCCAGAACGAGCAGCGCCCAUUUUAGUGCUCAUUUGCGCUAUCAGAGGUCUCAUUUCGUUUGGAAUUUCGUUCGGGGUUACGAAAUUUGUGACGGAGCAAGGGUAUCAAGGGGCUUUUAAUAUUUGCGCUAGUAUUACUGGUGCUGUUGCAGUUUUGGGCUUGCCGGUAUUUUUGUGGGGGCACAAAAUCAGAGCAAUCACUAUGAAGUAUGCAGUCGAUCACAAAACUGCCCAGGGGUGA